UGUAUUUGUUAUCAUGCCAACAGAGUGAAGUGGAGAGAUGCAGUAACUGUAGUUUGAUAGAGAGAGGCAGUGUAACUUAGCUAGCUACAUUCCAGGUAUUUAGUCAGAAUCAACAUUUUGUUUCGUACAUCUUAGUUUGUCUGCACAUCCCGGUUGUGAGAUGAACACCAUAGCUACUACAUCUGAAGGUAAGGGGGAAAUAGCUAGCUUGCUUGCUAACUAAGUAGCUAUUAGCUAGCUAGUUGUUAGCUCUGGUCCAUGGCGUUACUUGUGGCAUUAUGCCGCAAGAGCCUUCUUCAAUGGCCUGCAUCAAUCAAUUCAUCCAUCCAUAAAGGAUUUUGUCACCCGAUGUUGUUUAGUGACUGGCUUCAAUAUAGCUACUUUAAGUAAAGAUGUUGCUAAAGUGUUGACGAACGUUUCUCUGUAUGCUCAAUCUACCGCCACGCUAGCUCUGGUGCAUGCGAAUGCGUCGGAUCGGCAAUAUGGGCUUCAUCCGACGCGUACCCAUAGACCAGAGCUAGCUAACUAGUUUGAACAAACAUUUAUUGUGUUUUCAAAAGCAAACACUUUUGUCUCAUUUAUGCUCCCAGUUAACUGGCUAACGUUAGCUAUUAAGAUCUACGUAGCUAGUUUAGUUUACUAGAUAUCUAAUUAAAGCAUUCGUUUGCUAGCCUGCCAGUUUAAAACACCUGCCUAAUCUAAAAUGGGUCUGUUGUUGUUUCAAAGCUAACAUUAACGUUAGUAGCUAGCAAACAUUUAUUUGUUUCUCAACAAGCUAACUAGUUAUAUUUCCUCAUCAUUACCUGUUUGUCAUAGCUCAGGGUUUAUCUCACUGUCUACAGAAAUCAACUUAAUUUCCCACUUCUACAGGGUUUAAAAGUCAAGUGGUUUAUCUAGCUAGUUAGAACAACCCCUAGUCCUAAUGACUCUCAGUACCAUAACAUUACACAGAAGUCAUUGGAAGAAGACGUCUUCUGUAGGGGGGCGUUUUGUUAAGAGCCCUGACAUUAACACGCAUCGCUUGCGGUAUAGUUUUGGAAGCACAAUGACCUUAUCUUUCAUAUCAGUGAGAAAUAAGGUUAAAUUGAUACACAACUUUUAUAGGGUUAGUGUUCCAACGGCCAUAUAUCCAUGUUACAGAGAAUGACCUACCUACCGUGCUCCAAACAUGUGUAAGCGUAACUCUGGAAGUGUAGUUUUGUUGGAUGGAGGCUGAGGCGCCCAUAGCUGUAGUGGAUCUGUGCAAAACUGCUACAGUGGUUUCUUAUUUAUGUAUAGGAUUCUUUCUUGCUGAUGAAAGAUAAGGGCCAUAUGUUUCGAUUGACGUUUCUGAACGUUAAAACACAUAGUUGGGAUUAUAGUUCACAUGAGCCAGUCGUUGGCGAAGCUAAUGUCUGAAAACUGUAGGGAGAAGGCAGAAUGCCGCCUAGCGUUUGAGAGCUAAAACAACCCCCAUGCUGGGAAACGAUGAGGAAUGUCAACAGUGUACUGGAACUAGGAUAGCCGCACUCUUUCUUAGAGAGCCAUGUCAAUGGUUGGUGAAAUUACAACACACUAAAAUGAGUACAGAAAUGAUGAUUUAGCUAAUGUUACAUUAAAUGUAAUUUAAUAUAUUUUUAGCAACUAGCAAGCUAAAUGUCAUCCUUACCCGGCCACAAGAUAACCACUUGUGUUAUAGCCAUGCACUGUGACUGCGUGGCACACAAAUGAACAUUUUCCAUUGCCCGUAAAUGUAUAUUCAUUGCAGUUCAUUGGCAUCAUGUUACAGGUAGCUAGCUAGAAAGGCUCAUUCAUUAGUUGGGUAGCUUUGGAUAAGCCUAUAUCUCUGUAUUUACUGACUGAUACAUAGUACAUUAGUGGUGAAGGGACACGCUUCUUAAUGGUUAAUGGCUUUUUAAUGGUGUGCUGGCUGCUAAUAUUAUAAAGUACAGAGUUUCUGGUGGAAGAGGCUCUACCCUGUUCCCUAUGUAGUGCACUACUUUUGACCAGUCCAGAGCCCUAUUGGCCCUGGUCAAUAGUAGUGCACUAUAUAGGGUUCCAUUUGGGACGUACCCUGUUUAUGUGGGUGCAGCACCCUCCCUAUCUGUGAGCGGACUAGCGGAGCACACUGGUGCUGCUGGAGACAAUUCCCUGGAUCGGGUUACACUGGCUGACUGGCUGGCUGGCUGGCUGGACUGGCUGGCUGGCUGGCUGGCUGGCUGGCUGGCUGACUGGCUGGCUGGCUGACUGGCUGGCUGGCUGACUGACUGGCUGACUGGCUGACUGGCUGGCUGACUGACUGACUGACUGGCUGACUGGCUGACUGGCUGGCUGACUGGCUGGCUGGCUGGCUGGCUGGCUGACUGGCUGACUGGCUGGCUUUGUUGUAGGCUUUGUCCUGGCUACUUUUUCCACUCCAAUAGCCUCAACAAUAAGAGAACAACUAAGGAGGUAGAUAGUAGCCCUAUUGAGCCUAGAAUAACUGAUAUAACAGGAAAGCAAGAGACUAAAGAAUAACUGUUAACUUUUAGGAUAUUUAACAAAUUCUUCAAGUAUUGAGUUGAGUUGGCUCCCGUGAUGGGGAAAGUGUGAGUGUACUGUAAGAUGCAGCUAGUCUAUCAGUGAGGAGUUAAGUAGGUAGCUAGGAUUACCCCGUGACCUUGAUCUCUGGCGUUCUCUAUGUGUCCCAAAUGGCACCCUAGGGCUCACCCUGGUCAAAAGUAGUGCACUAGGGAAUAAGGCGCCAUUUGGGAUGCAGCCUCUGUCCUGGAAGGUGAAGGUCCUCUACCCUUCUUUAGGAGUGUACAGUCAUACACUCCCCUUACUGAGUAAACGGUUUCUGUUGCAAAACGUUUUGCUACGGUCUGCGACUAAUGAAUGCACCCCAGGUUAGUCCAGCCUCAAUGCACAACAAACAACACAUUGGCAAGCUUUACUCCUGAUAAGGCCUGAAACAGUCUUGAUUUAACCAGUUGCUUAUGGGCCGUUAAUAUCUGCUACAUAGUAAUAAUAUAAUAUAGCCUAAUAAUAUAUUCCUUUUAGCAGAAACUUUUAUCCAUGAUGACUUAAAGUAGUCCGUGCAUACAUUUUCGUAUGGGUACUGCAUGUAGCACAAUCUCAGAGUUAACAACCAAAUCCCACUGCUGCUGACUUGCGUGCCAAAAAUAUUUGUUUGCAGUUCCUGUUUAGUGAGAGCACAAAGUCACGCAUGGAGAAGUCAAUGACACACAGGCUGCAUUCAAAAUGGCAUCCUAUUCCCUAUAUAGUGCACUACUUUUGACCAGGGUCCACAUUGGGUAGUAGUGCACUAAUAUAGGGAAUAGGGUGCCAUUUGGGACGCAGCCGUACACUUGGGUGAUAUUAUUACAGUUGAUGUCUGUGUAGCCAGUUUUUUUUUUUAACACUUUAUUUUUCAAACAAUUGCUAGAGAACAAUCGCACACGUUUCAGUUUUAAAGGUUCUCUUUUUUUUUUUAUUCCACAGGUGACCUUCUCCUAAUGUUUAAAUUUACAUUUAGCAGGGCUCUACGCUGACCUUUCUUUCACAAGGAGCACGUGUGUGCCUAUGUUGAAUAAUGUAGGAGCACAGAAAUAAAUUUAGGAGCACAAUGAAAAAUAUUUGAGGUAAUAAAGCUAGAAUCCAAACAUUUUCUUGGCGCACUGGUGCUCCUAUAAUACAAUUCCAGGUCACACAGCUAAAUAUUUAGGCGCAUAUGCGAGUAAAAUGGUCGCACUGUAGAGCUCUGUUUAGCCAAACUUACUCUGCUUUAUUACAAUAGCAAGAGCAUGUAGGCAUAAUGGCUAUGUUGAACAAGGCCUACUGUCUGUUUAUAAUGACAUAUGGUUAUGUUGAACAAGGCCUACUGUCUGUUUAUAAUGACAUAUGGCUAUGUUGAACAAGGCCUACUGUCUGUUAAUAAUGACAUAUGGCUAUGUUGAACAAGGCCUACUGUCUGUUAAUAAUGACAUAUGGCUAUGUUGAACAAGGCCUACUGUCUGUUUAUAAUGACAUAUGGCUAUGUUGAACAAGGCCUACUGUCUGUUUAUAAUGACAUAUGGUUAUGUUGGACAAGGCCUACUGUCUGUUUAUAAUGACAUAUGGCUAUGUUGAACAAGGCCUACUGUCUGUUAAUAAUGACAUAUGGCUAUGUUGAACAAGGCCUACUGUCUGUUUAUAAUGACAUAUGGCUAUGUUGAACAAGGCCUACUGUCUGUUAAUAAUGACAUAUGGCUAUGUAGAACAAGGCCUACUGUCUGUUUAUAAUGACAUAUGGCUAUGUUGAACAAGGCCUACUGUCUGUUUAUAAUGACAUAUGGCUAUGUUGAACAAGGUCUACUGUCUGUUUAUAAUGACAUAUGGCUAUGUUGAACAAGGCCUACUGUCUGUUUAUAAUGACAUAUGGUUAUGUUGAACAAGGCCUACUGUCUGUUAAUAAUGACAUAUGGCUAUGUUGAACAAGGCCUACUGUCUGUUAAUAAUGACAUAUGGCUAUGUUGAACAAGGCCUACUGUCUGUUAAUAAUGACAUAUGGUUAUGUUGAACAAGGCCUACUGUCUGUUUAUAAUGACAUAUGGUUAUGUUGAACAAGGCCUACUGUCUGUUUAUAAUGACAUAUGGCUAUGUUGAACAAGGCCUACUGUCUGUUAAUAAUGACAUAUGGCUAUGUUGAACAAGGCCUACUGUCUGUUUAUAAUGACAUAUGGCUAUGUUGAACAAGGCCUACUGUCUGUUUAUAAUGACAUAUGGCUAUGUUGAACAAGGCCUACUGUCUGUUAAUAAUGACAUAUGGUUAUGUUGAACAAGGCCUACUGUCUGUUAAUAAUGACAUAUGGCUAUGUUGAACAAGGCCUACUGUCUGUUUAUAAUGACAUAUGGCUAUGUUGAACAAGGCCUACUGUCUGUUAAUAAUGACAUAUGGCUAUGUUGAACAAGGCCUACUGUCUGUUUAUAAUGACAUAUGGCUAUGUUGAACAAGGCCUACUGUCUGUUAAUAAUGACAUAUGGCUAUGUAGAACAAGGCCUACUGUCUGUUAAUAAUGGCUGUGUAGAACAAGGCCUACUGUCUGUUUAUAAUGACAUAUGGCUAUGUUGAACAAGGCCUACUGUCUGUUAAUAAUGACAUAUGGCUAUGUUGAACAAGGCCUACUGUCUGUUUAUAAUGACAUAUGGCUAUGUAGAACAAGGCCUACUGUCUGUUAAUAAUGGCUGUGUAGAACAAGGCCUACUGUCUGUUUAUAAUGGCUGUGUAGAACAAGGCCAUAUGAUUCAGAGGAGAACUGGGUGAAAGUGUUGUGGUCAGAUGAGACCAAAAUCGAGCUCUUUGGCAUCAACUCAACUCGCCGUGUUUGGAGGAGGAGGAAUGCUGCCUAUGACCCCAAGAACACCAUCCCCACCGUCAAACAUGGAGGUGGAAACAUUAUGCUUUGGGGGUGGUUUUCUGCUAAGGGGACAGGACAACUUCACCGCAUCAAAGGGACGAUGGACUGGGCCAUGUACCGUAAAAUCUUGGGUGAGAACCUCCUUCCCUCAGCCAGGGCAUUGAACAUGGGUCGUGGAUGGGUAUUCCAGCAUGACAAUUACCCAAAACACAUGGCCAAGGCAACAAAGGAGUGGCUCAAGAAGAAGCACAUUAAGGUCCUGAAGUGGCCUAGCCAGUCUCCAGACCUUAAUCCCAUAGAAAAUCUGUGGAGGGAGCUGAAGGUUCGAGUUGCCAAACGUCAGCCUCGAAACCUUAAUGACUUGGAGAAGAUCUGCAAAGAGGAGUGGAACAAAAUCCCUCCUGAGAUGUGUGCAAACCUGGUGGCCAACUACAAGAAACGUCUGACCUCUGUGAUUGCCAACAAGGGUUUUACCACCAAGUACUAAGUCAUGUUUUGCAGAGGGGUCAAAUAAUUAUUUCCCUCAUUAAAAUGCAAAUUAAUUUAUAACAUUUUUGACAUGCGUUUUUCUGGAUUUUUUUGUUGUUAUUCUGUCUCUCACUGUUCAAAUAAACCUACCAUUAAAAUUAUAGACUGAUCAUGUCUUUGUCAGUGGGCAAACGUACAAAAUCAGCAGGGGAUCAAAUACUUUUUUCCCUCACUGUAUGGCUAUGUAGAACAAGGCCUUCCUGUUUUUCCCCUCACUGUAUGGCUCUGUAGAACAAGGCCUUCCUGUUUUUCCCCUCACUGUAUGGCUCUGUAGAACAAGGCCUUCCUGCUUUUUCUCCACCACCAUAUUUAUUUGAUUGAACAAUCAGGCAGUCUUCUGGUAGGCCGUUCUGAACGCAACCUGUUUGUGUUCUCCCUCCAGGUGUAUGAGGCCUUCAGCCAGGAGAGCUCACCCAUGGAACAGGAAGUGAUGCGCAUAUACCCCUCCUCCCCCCCUCCGCUGGACGACGAAUCAGGGGGAGAGGAGGACGAUGACGAGUUUCGGGAUUUCUCUGGGGGUGUGCCCUCCUCUGGAGGGGUGGCAAUGUCAUCCAACCAGCUGUGCCCCUCCACGACAGACCCCGCCUCCCCAACCCCAUCAAUGGUGCACUUUAGUGUUAGUAACUCCUCCUUCUUCGCCGGAGCUACCCAUAGCAACGGAAUCUCGAAACAGUUCCGAGCAGCUGACGACCUGAAGAAGCCACGGGCGCCAGUGGUGGACCAAUCACAGCCCGCUAACACUGUGACCCUAGAGGUUGGCAGGGGUCGGCCGGGGUUGGAGGUCAAAGGGCAGCCCUGUCAUUGCGACCUCCCUGAUCUCCCUCUCACCAAUGGGUUUACCGAGCGGCAUCACCAGGGGACCAUGUCUGCAGGUAACAACUUUAGUCCUGAGGGCAGUCAUGGAGUUGUUUGUGAGGUUGCCUAGCAACUUAGCCUUUGUAAUACACGUUUUCUUUGUUUUUGUUGUAUUGUGUUUUUAAUCCUCAGUCAUUUUUAAUAUAUGUACUGUUGUACUCAAAUGGCUGAGGCAUCUCUAUAUGUAUUUUAAAACGAAUUAAUGAAUUCACCACAGGUCUUGUACCGGCUGGUCUGGGCUCCCCCAGCCAGGAGCAGGGGUUUGCAGACUUCUCUGCGUUCGCCGAGCCAGAGAUGGAGCUGGAGCCCUGGUGCUGCGGCUUCACUCACACUACGGAGUACAGGAAAGACGGCAGGACAGAAGGGACAAACCUAGCCAACGGUUUCUGCGAAGCAUACUCAGUCAAGAAGGACAUAGAGCAGCGGGCCAGAAUAGAGCGUGGCGGGCCAGACUCUCAGUGUGUAGCACAGCAAGGGGACAGGGACUGCACUGGAGUCCAGCAACACCCUCAGGACUCCGCUGGCCUCUUACCCCCCACGGAGGUGCUCUGUGCUAGGGGUGAGGGGCUGGGGGAGCCUGGGGAGAGGGUACCCAGCAUCAACAGGGAUAGCACUCUUGGCACGCUUACACAGGACCCAGAAUUGGGAGGGGGGAGGGAGGAGGAAGAGAAGGGGAGUGAAACAGAGGACAGUGUGUCUCCUCUCCCCACCACAGUCAGUGGGUCAGUGAGUGAGGACUUUGCCUCCUUUGGUGAGGCUGUGUCCUCAGACGCUUUGGAGGAGUUUGGAGACUUUGGCGAGACGGUCUUCACUCCCUUGUCACCAGGUGAGGAGGAGGUGCAGCGGAGUGACCUCAGAGAGGAGACGGAGACAAAGAUGGGGGAGGAGGAAGACGACAACGAAGAAGAGGACUUUGGAAACUUCAGGGAUGCUGGAUCCUUCCCUAGCCAGGACGACUUUGCUGACUUCAACCAAUCAGAGUCCAGGACACAGGAGGUCUUUGGUGACUUUGACCAGGACUAUUCUGAGGACCCAGGUCCGACUGAGGUGUGUGGUGAGGAGGUUGGACAUGGAGACCUCCCCCUCAGUGACAGCUUUGCAGACUUCCACUCUGCUCCCCUGGAGGGGGGUGCGGAGGGGCAGGGUGAGAGGGAGGAGGGCUGGGGGGCUUUUGGGGACCAGAGAGGUCUGUCUGAGGGGGAGACCUGGGCAGAGCUUGGAGAGGAGGAGAGAGCCAGGCGGACAGAAGAAGAGGAGGUGAAGAGGGAGGGGGAGAGAUGUCAGGGAGGUGCUGCUGUACAAAGGGACAGUCUGCAGGUGAGUGGUCUCCGGAGUUAUUAGAGUGGAUUUAUAACAUAACGCCGUAAAGACAGCCCCAGCUCCGACACCUCACAUUUUCUCCCACACGGCCAACACACAAUAUAUACCGGUGCGAUGACUGGUCAGCCGCUGCAUGCGCAAAUGUAAAGUGAUAGCACGUUGGGACUUCCAACAGAAUUCUCCGGGAGAACCGGAUAAAAAGGCAUCCUACAGUACUUAGUUGUCCCUCUUACAUGUGUAGUAUGUUUGUCAUAACCUCUGACUCCGCAAUAAUAGUUCUGUCCAGAGGUUUUUAUUAUUGUAUCAAUAGAUUGUCACUGUAGUUAGCCUAUCCCAGGGGUAGUCCCCCAGAGGUAGUCCCCCAGAGGUAGUCCCCCAGAGGUAGUUCACCCCAAAAUGAGUUUGCUGGAAUAAGACAGUUCCUGCCAGACUUCAGUUCACUUCAAAAUCAGGUAGAGUUAGUUUCAAAAUCUUUCCCAUUAAUUUUGUUUGAUUAUAAUGUAGUACACUGCAAUGUAGUAGAUCUCAAACAAGCACUGUUUCUCCCAUUCAGGCCUCCCUGUCUAUCCGGCUACAGAGGGUCCUGCAGACCAGCUUCCCUGCAGUGGCAGUCCCAGAACUGGAUCAGGAGAGGAGUAUGGAGAGGGGGAUGGAGGAGGAGACUGGGGUGGAGGAGAGUGAGGAGGAGACGGAGACAGAGGAGGAGGAGAGGGGGGUAGAGGUGUUGAAGGUACUCAGCCUCAGGGCUCUGCUAGAGACUCUGGGCACCCAGCCUGAGGAAGAGGAGACGAAGGGGCUCAACCACACUACACACUGGUGAGAGAACCUUUAGUGAUGAUGAUGAAGAUGAUUAUAACGAUGAUCAUGCUGAAGAUGAUGUUGAGGAUAAUGGUUCAGUGGAAUAACAGCAGAUCGCUUUGGAGGCUGGCCAAAGCACUACUCUACUGUAUAUGACCGCCUCGUUGUUUGCUUUACCCAGGAUUCCUAGGGGCGCGUGGCGGCAGCCUCAGGACCUCCACGAUGCCGUGGGCCUGGGGUUCCAGUGGGGCGGUUCCCAUAGCAACAGGACCCUGCUCCGCUGUCUGGGGAUGGACACCAGGAACAUGGUAACGGCCUCUUUUCAGUUUAAUUUCCAUGAGAGCAACAUAACUAAAUAAAACAUGAUUCGAAGCUAUCUGUCUUUGACAACUACAACAUCAACAAUGUAGUAAGUGAUGUGUCUUGGGCCUGAUGGGGUGUGUGCUCUGCCUCCCUCCCGCCCUCAGCCCCUCCCUCCCGCCUUCAGCCCCGCCCUCAGCCCCUCCCCCCCGCCCUCAGCUCCUCCCUCCCGCCCUCAGCCCCUCCCUCCCCUAUUUCCAUAUUGUACAUAAUUACUGUAAAUGUGUCUAAUAUCCCUUUUACUAUGUAGAAGUGCUCUGUUGUUGCUUUAUCUAUAGGGUACAUACUGUAUGCGGGUUAUCUGUCAAUUCUUCAUCUCUUAAUAUAAUAUUAUUCUGUCUGUAUAUUCUGUUUAUUGGUGUAAAAGCAGGACCAUUUCACCUGUUUGAAUUCCUGCUACAUGUAAAGGUAUUGGUGAUUUCUGAUUGUCUCUCCUCCACAGUUGUUCACUGGCCAGAGAAAGCAGCCUGUCAUAGUUCCUGUGUUUGCAGCCAGCCUGGUGAGUGGAUUUAUGGAGAUACCAUUCUGUGUCCCAAAUGGCACCCUAUUCCCUAUACAGUGCACUACUUUUGACCAGGGCCCAUAUGGACACAGUCCAUGGUGGCCCUAGUUCCAUUUCUGUCCCUGGAACCUCCCCCUAAGCCUGGGUACCAGUCCGUUUGCUCCAUCCAUGCCUCUCCUGGCCACUCCUUUUCAUGCCAAACAUGCCAAGGAGUUGACAUGAUAGCACAAACAGAUCUGGGACCAGGCUACCUCCCUUUAGCCUUGUAUGCUGAUAGCCCCUUAAUGUUCACAGAUCUGAGACUACUGGGUAGGUGUAAAGCAAUAAGAUGAUGACUUGGCAGUCGGCCAUAUUGCUUUCUCCCUGUCCAAACCUUUCAUCAUGUGACAUGUAUUCCAAAUGCCUUGUGCCAGGCAUUGCCAGGUGUUCCAUGGUGACCUCUUUCUUUCACCACCUCUCCCUUUCCCCUUCACCUUUUAUUCCCUAUUGCUCUCCCCCCCACCCCCGUCUCUCUCUCUCUCUCUCUCUCUCUCUCUCUCCCAUCACCCCCCCCUCUCUCUCUCACCAUCUCCCCCUGUCCCUCUCUCCUCUCUUUCAGGGAAUGUUAGAGCCCACCAAAGAGCCGGUGAGAGCAGCCUCAGCUGCCACAGCACAAGCACUUCCUGGGUCACAGGAAACAACCACCACCUCCUCAAUACAGGUACAGAAACAGGUGUAGGAUGUAGUUGCCCUAGACGCUGAUAUGGGUUCAGUUUAGCAUUUUCCCUCCUAAUAGUUAUGGUUAGAAUUGGGGGAGGGGAAGCAGAUCCUAGAUCUGUACCUAGGGGAAACUUCACCCCAGAGCUACAGGCAGACCAUGGCUGUGUGUGAACAUGUUACCAGCUGUUAAACUCUCCUCCCUCUUUGUUUCUGCAAUCCUUCACCCAUUUCUCAAAGCUCAUUGGAGGAGGAGGUCUGAGAGGAGGGACCUUGGAUCCUCUCUUCCAAUGAACUUUGAGAGAGAGGUAAGAAUAGUUAUUUUCCUUGAAUUGAAGACAGAAGAGGCUAAGAUGUGACAGCUGGUAACGUCUCCAGAUAGCCUGUGGCUAGGAUGUGACCGUUGGUAACGUCUCCAGAUAGCCUGUGGCUAGGAUGUGACCGUUGGUAACGUAUCCAGAUAGCCUGUGGCUAGGAUGUGACCGUUGGUAACGUCUCCAGAUAGCCUGUAACUAGGAUGUGACCGUUGGUAACGUAUCCAAAUAGCCUGUGGCUAGGAUGUGACCGUUGGUAACGUAUCCAGAUAGCCUGUGGCUAGGAUGUGACCGUUGGUAACGUAUCCAGAUAGCCUGUGGCUAGGAUGUGACAGUUGGUAACGUCUCCAGAUAGCCUGUGGCUAGGAUGUGACCGUUGGUAACGUCUCCAGAUAGCCUGUGGCUAGGAUGUGACCGUUGGUAACGUAUCCAGAUAGCCUGUGGCUGGGAUGGGACCGCUGGUAACGUAUCCAGAUAGCCUGUGGCUAGGAUGUGACCGCUGGUAACGUAUCCAGAUAGCCUGUGGCUAGGAUGUGACAGUUGGUAACGUAUCCAGAUAGCCUGUGGCUGGGAUGGGACCGCUGGUAACGUAUCCAGAUAGCCUGUGGCUAGGAUGUGACCCGUACUCGGUAACGUAUCCAGAUAGCCUGUGGCUAGGAUGUGACCGUUGGUAACGUAUCCAGAUAGCCUGUGGCUAGGAUGUGACAGUUGGUAACGUAUCCAGAUAGCCUGUGGCUAGGAUGGGACCGUUGGUAACGUCUCCAGAUAGCCCGUGGCUAGGAUGUGACAGUUGGUAAUGUCUCCAGAUAGCCUGUGGCUAGGAUGGGACUGCUGGUAACGUCUCCAGAUAGCCUGUGGCUAGGAUGGGACUGCUGGUAACGUCUCCAGAUAGCCCGUGGCUAGGAUGGGACCGUUGGUAACGUCUCCAGAUAGCCCGUGGCUAGGAUGGGACCGUUGGUAACGUCUCCAGAUAGCCUGUGGCUAGGAUGUGGACCGUUGGUAACGUCUCCAGAUAGCCUGUGGCUAGGAUGUGACAGUUGGUAAUGUCUCCAGAUAGCCUGUGGCUAGGAUGUGACCGUUGGUAACGUAUCCAGAUAGCCUGUGGCUAGGAUGGGACCGUUGGUAACGUCUCCAGAUAGCCUGUGGCUAGGAUGUGACCGUUGGUAACGUAUCCAGAUAGCCUGUGGCUAGGAUGUGACCGUUGGUAACGUCUCCAGAUAGCCUGUGGCUAGGAUGUGACCGUUGGUAAUGUCUCCAGAUAGCCUGUGGCUAGGAUGUGACCGUUGGUAAUGUCUCCAGAUAGCCUGUGGCUAGGAUGUGACAGUUGGUAAUGUCUCCAGAUAGCCUGUGGCUAGGAUGUGACCGUUGGUAACGUAUCCAGAUAGCCUGUGGCUAGGAUGUGACCGUUGGUAACGUCUCCAGAUAGCCUGUGGCUAGGAUGUGACCGUUGGUAACGUCUCCAGAUAGCCUGUGGCUAGGAUGUGACAGUUGGUAACGUCUCCAGAUAGCCUGUGGCUGGGAUGUGACCGUUGGUAACGUCUCCAGAUAGCCUGUGGCUAGGAUGUGACAGUUGGUAACGUAUCCAGAUAGCCUGUGGCUGGGAUGGGACCGCUGGUAACGUAUCCAGAUAGCCUGUGGCUAGGAUGGGACUGCUGGUAACGUAUCCAGAUAGCCUGUGGCUAGGAUGUGACAGCUGGUAACGUCUCCAGAUAGCCUGUGGCUAGGAUGUGACAGCUGGUAACGUCUCCAGAUAGCCUGUGGCUAGGAUGUGACAGUUGGUAACGUAUCCAGAUAGCCUGUGGCUAGGAUGUGACCAUUGGUAACGUCUCCAGAUAGCCUGUGGCUAGGAUGUGACCGUUGGUAACGUCUCCAGAUAGCCCGUGGCUAGGAUGGGACCGUUGGUAACGUCUCCAGAUAGCCCGUGGCUAGGAUGUGACAGUUGGUAACGUCUCCAGAUAGCCCGUGGCUCACACAGUACACCCAACACACACACAGGGCAACAUUUUUCAAUGGAUGAUAGUGAGUCAAUUCCUCCCUCGAUAAUGAAGUUACCCUAAACACUGACCUAGGAUCAGAUAUCCUAACCUUAGCAUUAGGAGGAUAAUGACAAUAUCUGACCCUGGACUAACUUACUACCAACUCCCAAUUCCUCUGUGCUGUCCUCUAUCCAUCACUAAGACCUGGCCGUAUUCACAAAGAGUCUCAGUCUCAGAGUAGGAGUGCUGAUCUAGGAUCAGUUUAGUCUUUUAGCUCAUAAUGAAUAAGAUUUCAUGAACCAGGGGGACCUGAUCCCAGAUCAGCAUCCCUUUCUCUGAUGUUAUUUUGUGAGUAUGGGCCUUCAAGAGACCGUGUUGAAUAGAGGGCACAACGCUGAGCCUCACUGCAGUUUGUUCCUUCCGCCAGCAGGGGGCCCCCCAGCCUUGGUCCCAGUUUGACUGGAGCAGCAGUGGCCUUGGCAUCAACCCUCUGGAUGGUACGUCCCCCCGCUGAGCCCACUACCUCCAGGGCCAGAGAUGAGGCUGCUGUCCACUCUACGCUGCUUUACACACACUACUCCUCCGUCUCAGCUUCUACCUUCCUCUCCUCCUCCGUCUCAGCUUCUACCUUCCUCUCCUCCUCCGUCUCAGCUUCUACCUUCCUCUCCUCCUCCGUCUCAGCUUCUACCUUCCUCUCCUCCUCCGUCUCAGCUUCUACCUUCCUCUCCUCCUCCGUCUCAGCUUCUACCUUUCUCUCCUCCUCCGUCUCAGCUUCUACCUUCCUCUCCUCCUCCGUCUCAGAUUCUACCUUCCUCUCCCCUCCGUCUCAGCUCUACCCUUCCUCUCCUCCUCCGUCUCGCUUCUACCUUCCUCUCCUCCUCCGUCUCAGCCUUCUACCUUCCUCUCCUCCUCCGUCUCAGCUUCUACCUUUCCUAUCCUCCUCCGUCUCAGCCUUCUACCUUCCUCUCCUCCUCCCGUCUAAGCUUCUACCUUCUCUCCCUCCUCCGUCUCAGCUUCUACCUUCCUCUCCUCCUCCGUCUCAGCUUCUACCUUCCUCUCCUCCUCCGUCUCAGCUUCUACCUUUCUCUCCACUCGCCCUGCUACUACUCUGAGACACUUUGUGAAUAUGGGCCCUGACACCUGUUUCUCUCUCUCUUUGUGAAUACAGACCCUGACUCCUGUUUCUCUCUCUCUUUGUGAAUACGGGCCCUGACUCCGUUCUCUCUCUCUUUGUGAAUACGGGCCCUGACUCCUGUUUCUCUCUCUCUUUGUGAAUACGGGCCCUGACACCUGUUUCUCUCUCUCUUUGUGAAUACGGGCCCUGACUCCUGUUUCUCUCUCUCUUUGUGAAUACGGGCCCUGACUCCUGUUUCUCUCUCUCUUUGUGAAUACGGGCCCUGACUCCUGUUUCUCUCUCUCUUUGUGAAUACGGGCCCUGACACCUGUUUCUCUCUCUCUUUGUGAAUACGGGCCCUGACUCCUGUUUCUCUCUCUCUUUGUGAAUACGGGCCCUGACUCCUGUUUCUCUCUCUCUUUGUGAAUACGGGCCCUGACUCCUGUUUCUCUCUCUCUUUGUGAAUACAGGCCCUGACUUCUGUUUCUCUCUCUCUUUGUGAAUACGGGCCCUGACUCCUGUUUCUCUCUCUCUUUGUGAAUACGGGCCCUGACACCUGUUUCUCUCUCUCUUUGUGAAUACAGGCCCUGACACCUGUUUCUCUCUUUGGUUCCGUUGUCCACACUAGCAUACCACUUAUAAUAAAGCAAUGUGUUGGGCAUGCAUUCUACGUAAGUGGUAUGUAAGUGUGGACUUUGGAACAUAGUCUCUAUCACUCCCUCCUCUCACUCUCUCCCUCCUCUCACCCUCUCUCGCCCUCCUCUUUCUCUCUCCCUCCUCUCCCUCCUCUCACUCUCUCCCUCUCUCUCCCUCUCUCUCCCUCCUCUCCCUCUCUCCCACUCUCCUCUGCUCCUCUCUUCACAUUGAUGUCUCCCUCUAGAUGGUACAACUCUUUCCCUUUACCUUCAAUGGUAUCUUAUACUGUGGAAUCCCAAGGCGCUCUCUAUACGUCUAACUUACCGGCUACCUCAUCUGCCCUGUAUAGAGUGAUGCUGAUGAGGUUUCUCACUUGUUGUUGCCCAUCAUCAUUGAUCCAAACACUGUUUCUUAUUGCUCUGGGCAACAGUUCUUUCAGUAUUAGUGGGGGGAAUCAGGCAAAGACAAGUCAAGCCAUAUAGAUGA